AUGUCAAGUCUUAAAGAGUUCUUAGAGAAAAAAGUUAGAGUGAUAACAACAGAUGCUAGGUUAUUCGAAGGAACACUCCAAGGAUUCGAUAAUUCAACAAACGUUAUCAUUAACAAUUGCAUAGAAAGAUUAAUUUAUCCUGACGAACAAGAUGAUAAUCAGGAAAUACCGUUGGGACUAUAUUUGAUGCGAGGGGGAAAUAUUGUUUGUAUUGGAGAGGUAGAUGAUACAAUAGAAGCUGAUAUAGAUUGGAUGAAAGUCAAAGGAGAGACAUUAAAGGGAACAAAGAAUCCGUUAUAA